CGUCACGGCGCUUCAUUAUUUCUGCUAGCUGCUCCCAUCCACUCUUUUGGCUCGUAGCGGUCCUCGGUGGUACUCCGCCGCUCAGCAGAGACUCCCAACUUCACCAGCCGUCUGGGGAGGGAAACACGACUGGUCGACCUGGUUCAUUUAUUACUUGGAGGGUGGGAGUGCCAUCAAGGAACUCCCCAAGUCAAGUCUGCAGCCAUCAUGGUGAACAUCCCAGAAUACUACACGGGGAAAAAAGUGCUGCUGUCUGGAGCAACAGGCUUCAUGGGGAAGGUGCUCCUGGAGAAGCUGCUGAGGUCCUGCCCGGAGGUCGGCGCCGUCUAUGUGAUGGUCAGGUCAAAGGCAGGGCAGAGUCCUCAGGCCCGCGUCGCUGACAUGAUCAACUGCAAGUUGUUUGAAAAGUUACAAGCAGAGCAGCCAGACUUUGCAGAGAAGAUCGUAGCGGUGAACAGCGACCUGACUCUGCAGGAGCUGGAUCUGAGCAAAGAGGAUCAGAGCUUCCUGGUGGAAAACAUCAACGUCAUCUUCCACUGCGCCGCCACCGUGCGCUUCAACGAGCCGCUCAAAGACUCGAUGCAGCUAAACGUCCUGGCCACACAGAAGAUGCUGGCUCUGGCCCACAGGAUGAAGCACCUGGAGGUUUUCAUUCACGUCUCCACAGCCUACGCUCACUGUGACAGAGAGGUCAUCGAGGAAGUCAUCUACCCUCCGCCUGUAGACUACCGCAAACUCAUCGACACUCUGAGCUGGAUGGAUGACGAUCUGGUGUCGACACUGACUCCCAAGCUGAUUGGCGAGCGUCCCAACACUUACACCUUCACCAAAGCUCUGGCUGAGUAUCUGGUCCUGCAGGAGGCUGGAGACCUCAACAUCGCCAUCGUCAGACCCUCCAUCGUUGGAGCCAGCUGGAAAGAACCUUUCCCUGGUUGGAUUGAUAACUUCAAUGGGCCCAGUGGAAUAUUUAUUGCAGCUGGAAAGGGGAUCCUGCGCACGAUGAGAGCAUCUAAUGAUGCUGUGGCUGACCUGGUUCCAGUGGAUGUGGUCAUAAACACAACCCUAGCUGCAGCUUGGUUCUCUGGAUCUCAGAGAGUUAACAGGCCUAAAAGCAUCCUGGUGUACAACUGCACGACUGGUGGGAUCAACCCGUUUCACUGGGGGGAAGUCGGCUGAGGAACAUCCGCUACACCUUCAACACCAUCCUGAUGGUGCUCAUUUGGCGCAUCUUUAUAGCCCGGUCCCAGAUGGCUCGAAACAUCUGGUACUUUGUGGUCAGCCUCUGUUUCAAAUUCCUUUCGUACUUCAGAGCUUCCUCCACCAUGAGAUAGUGAGGCGAGGACGCUGGGCGGAGAGAUGAAGGAAUGAAGAGAACACCAGCUGCGGGCGAUGAGAGGUGUCUGCGCCCGAAGCUUCAGGACUCAAAAACAAAAUUGAGCCGCGGGACGAGAUUGGAGUCUGCAGCGGUCCAAGACCACGAACAUCUCUUUCCUGAUCUCUGUCACUUCCUAUAAGCAGAACUUCUCUGACAGAAACACAAACCAGCAGCUCAGGCUAAUCACAAACAGAAUGUUUGAGUUCCUCUGGUGCCAGAUUUUCUUCUGCUCACUUCUUGAAAGCUAUGCAUUGGAUGACGCUCUGCUCCAAAUGUCCUUUUUUUUUUUCUUUUUUUGGGAGAAACGAGCUCUCCUUUUGGGUUUCACUCCAAUCAAUAUUUACUAAGAGUUUUCACCGAACAAAAAGCUUCAAAUGUUUUCAGAUUUGUUCAGGGACAGGACGACAUUCAGCUCGUUGUUUAAACCCACCGCCAAAAGCAUUUAAGAGGCUGGCAUUUGUGCUGAGUCAUGCUCCACCUCCUGCAGGGAUGAUGUAAACUUAACGACUCCACGCUCCUGUAUCCUCAGACUGCAGUAACCACUUUCCCAUCUGUCCUCAAAGUCUCGAAGCUUUUUCCAUUUGUCUUAAUUUGAAGCAUUUUCUUUUUACCCUUUUUUGCCAAAAUAAUUCUUGGUUGAAAGCAGAGAAUGAGUCACUUUUAGCUCGUUUUUUUCCUCUGGGUGCUUCAGAAUAAAACACAAAGUCAUGCCUUUUUGUCUCACAACACAACCUUUCAAGCAGCACUUAUUGUCUUUGUGAAAGUUUAGCUCCUGUAGUUUCUGUUUGUGCAGCUUCAGUCUGUUACAUUAUCAGAUCUUCUGUAACAAGAAAAAACCAGGACCUGCUUUUUUCUGUUUUUUUUUCUUGUUUUUUUUGUCCUUUAUUUAAAGAUGUUGCCUCUUGACAUUAUUUUUCAAACUUGUUGCAGAUUGUUAAAGGAGUCGUUGCAACAUUAUGAAGACGGGUAAAAAAUAAAGGAAAGGAAGAAAUCAACAAAAUUUGUAUUUUUGA